UUUGUUAUCGUAUUGUGCUACUCACAAGCGAUUGAAGACGAGCCAACGUUUUCUAAAUUUAAGUAUGACAAACAAAUGUUAGAGACAAUGGUUAGAAUGGAAGCAAAAAUGAAUCAGUGGGACAAAGAAAGAAAAAUCUUCGAGGAGAAUGUGCUUGCUAUAUUGGAACAUCGAAGAGAGGAAAUGCAAGAGAAAUAUUUGAAACAAGAUGAAAAGCUGAAAAAUAUAGAAGGUUCUCUCAUCAGCACACCAAAGAUUGCAUUCAACGCAUACACGUUGUCCGGUGGAAAAUAUGUUAACAACCAACCCCUCAUAUUUCCAUACGUUUUGCUAAAUAUGGGCGAAGGAUAUGACAAAGCAACUGGAAUCUUUACAGCACCUGUUACUGGUCUUUACUUCUUCAGUGCCCACAUAUGUAAUGAAAAAGCAAAGGCCAUUGUCAUCUCAAUUGUCCACGAAGGAAUUGUAGUCGCUACAACAACAGAGUACGGAAGCACUGACGACAGUUGCAGCUCUGUUAAUGCUCCGGUUAUGGUAAAGAUGGAUGGAAAAGUCUCUAUCAAGUCUUCCUUUAGUUCCGGCGAGCUGAAAGCAGAUACUACAUACAGAUGGCCAUCCUUUGCUGGUGUACUUCUUCAUGUCUAAAACAAUUUAUCUUUAUUGUUAUAUGUUUGCUUUUACUCUCCCACUGACCUUUUUUUGAAAGCAAAAUAUAAAUGUAUCGAUAUGCAAAAUCUUAAGACAAUUAUUACAGUUAUUACUCUUCAAAUAAAUAUUUUAACCACACUUUAUUUCGUUAUAAUCAAAAACACCGUCUUUUUUUAAGAAAAAGGUGAAUAAUAAUAAUAAUAAUUAUAAUAAGUGUUGAAUUCAAUGUUUAAUUUUAUGUUUGCAAUGUUUAUAUGAAGAAACUUUUAAAUGUAUCUAAAUAUGUAAUUAAAUUUGACGGUAAGCACUUAUUAUCAUUGUUUUUAAUGGAUGCUUGUAAACUAUGUUUUGCUAACAUUUAUGUAAAAAA